GCCGGGGGUCCGGCCGCUGGGGACGGGCGUCUGCGGUGCACGCGCUGGCUGACGGGAGGGCGGCCGGCGCGGCGGGAGGGCUUGCGGGGUAACCCCGGGCCCGCGCUCGGAGCCGAGCCCCGGGAGUUCGAGUCCCGCCUUUCCUGGGUCCCCGACGACAAGGCGGGAGGACGAUGAGUGCCACGCCGGGCCUCGGAGCCGAGUCCGUGGAGGGCCCCGAGCCCGGGGAGGGCGGCGCCCCGCGGCAGGAGGACGGCGAGGCGGCCCCGGAGCCCGGGCCCGGGCUCUACGGCUACAUCCGGGACGGGCUGUUCACCUCGGAGAUCUUCAAGCUGGAGCUGCAGAACGUGCCGCGCCACGCCAGCUUCAGCGACCUCCGGCGUUUCCUGGGCCGCUUCGGCCUGCAGCCCCACAAGACCAAGCUCUUCGGGCAGCCCCCCUGCGCCUUCGUGACCUUCCGCAGCGCCGCGGAGCGCGACCGGGCCCUGAGCGUGCUGCACGGCGCCCUGUGGAAGGGCCGCCCGCUCAGCGCGCGCCUGGCCAGGCCCAGGGCCGACCCCAUGGCCAGGAGCAGGCGGCGCGAGGCCGAGGGCGAGCCGCCGGCCUCAUGCGUCGCCGACGUGGUGACCCCGCUCUGGAGGGUGCCCUACGCCGAGCAGCUGGAACAGAAGCGGCGCGAGUGCGAGCAGGUGCUGCAGAAGCUCGCCAAGGAGAUCGGGAGCACCAACCGUGGCCUGCUGCCCUGGUUGCUCGCGCAGAGGCACAAGCAUAACAAGGCUUGCUGCCCGCUGGAGGGCGUCUGGCCGUCGCCUCUGCAGACAGAGUAUCGCAACAAAUGUGAGUUUCUGGUGGGCGUCGGUGUGGAUGGAGAGGACAACACCGUCGGCUGCCGGCUUGGCAAGUACAAGGGUGGGACGUGCGCCGUGGCGUCCCCUUUCGACACCAUGCACAUCCCUGAGGCUGCCAAGCGGGUGGUGAAGGCUUUUCAGGAGUUUAUCCGGUCCACCCCAUACUCAGCAUAUGACCCAGAGACGUACGCAGGCCACUGGAAGCAGCUCACUGUGCGCACCAGCCGCCGUGGCCAGGCCAUGGCCAUUGCCUACUUCCACCCCCAGAAGCUGAGCCGAGAGGAGCUGGCGGAGCUGAAAGCCUCUCUUACCCAGCACUUUGAGGCGGGGCCAGGCCGGGCCAGUGGGGUGACCUGCCUGUACUUCGUGGAGGAGGGGCAGCGGAAGACCCCCAGCCAGGGAGACCUGCCUCUGGAGCACGUGGCCGGGGAGCGGUGCAUCCAUGAGGAGCUGCUGGGGCUGACCUUCCAGAUCUCCCCUCAUGCCUUCUUCCAGGUGAACACGCCGGCGGCCGAGGUGCUCUACACAGUUGUCCAGGAGUGGGCCGAGCUGGACGCGGAGAGCACAGUGCUGGACGUGUGCUGCGGCACCGGCACGAUAGGCCUGGCGCUGGCCCGGAAGGUGAAGAGGGUUGUCGGAAUUGAGCUCUGCCAGGAGGCUGUGGAGGACGCCCGGACGAACGCCCGCGUGAAUGGGCUGAGCAACGUCGAGUUCCACUGUGGGAGAGCCGAGGACCUGGUGCCUGCCCUGGUGGGCAGGUCGGCCACCCAGCAGCUCGUCGCCAUCCUGGACCCGCCCCGCGCCGGCCUGCACUCCAAGGUGAUCCUGGCUGUGCGCAGAGCUGAAAACCUGAGGCGGCUGCUGUACAUCUCCUGCAACCCCCGGGCGGCCAUGGGCAACUUUGUGGAACCCCGCACUGCGAGAUGCUCAUCCUGUUCGAGAGGGCGGAGCACCCCAACGGCGCCCCUCCCCCACCGGGGCCCCCCGGCGACGCCUCCCGGGAAGCAGGGCCCUCCCCGUCUCCCUAGGCCUCUGCGCAGACCCUGGGACCACUGGAAGCUGCACACUGGGAGCAGGGCCCACCCAGCAUCCGGGGCAGGAACGGAGAGCUCUCGGGGCCCUGUCUGCGCCCCCAUGUGUGGAAGCCGGCGGGCUGGAGCCUGCUGCUGGCUGGGGCCAAGCCUCAGGCGCCUGGGCCAGGGCCCCCGGCCAGGAGGGCAGGCGGGCACCGGGCCUCCCGCCGUUCCCAUCCCCCGGACCACCAGGACCACAAUAAACCGCUGCUGAACCUCGGGGA